CCCCUCCAAUAGCCCUCCAUAGCCGUGGUCCAGCCCACCGAUAUAUUUUGUAGAGCAAAUCAAAUAGGCGGCCGAGCGAAGCAGAGGCCAAGCGAAACAGAGCAACUGCCAGCAGCAGCAGCCGGACGAAUCUUCCUCCCUCCUCUCGCUCGAUCCCACCAACCACUACUAAUUCUUAGUCUACUGCCUACUGCCUACGCACAUCAGAGCAGGAACCAGAGCACCAGGUUCCCGGCGAUGGCGUCGUCGUCGUCGUCGACGUCGCGCGUGUCGACGGCGCGGCGGCCGCUGCGGUGUCUCCCCGCGGGGCGCGCCGCCAAUGGAGCCGCGGCGGCGGCGGUGCUGGGGCUGCCGAGGAGGGAGGCGCGGGUGACUCUGCGGGCGGGCGCUCGGCGGAGCAUCGCGGCCGCGGCGUGGGCGGAGGCGGGUGUCGCGCCGUGGAGCAGGGGGAGCGGCAGGGGGAAGGAGGCGGCGACGGCGUGCGCGGCGGCGGGCCAGGUGGCGGGGACGAGCGCCGCCGGGGCCGGGGUGGGGGGCAGGAGCAUCGGGACGGACGUGGCCCUCGCCACGGCCGCCGUGGUCGCCACGGGCACGGCGAACCGCGUCCUCUACAAGCUCGCCCUCGUGCCGCUCCGCCAGUACCCCUUCUUCCUCGCGCAGUUCGCCACGUUCGGCUAUGUGGUUGUCUACUUCUCAAUCCUGUUUUUUCGUUAUCAAGCUGGCCAUGUGACGGAUGAGAUGCUUUCUCUACCACAGAAACCUUUUAUACUCAUAGGCCUCUUGGAGGCUCUAGCAGCAGCAGCAGGGAUGUCUGCUGGAGCUAUUCUUUCUGGUGCUUCAAUACCAAUAUUAUCACAGACCUAUCUUGUAUGGCAGCUUGUUUUGUCUGCUAUUUUCCUAAAGAGGCGCUAUAGACUUAAUGAGAUAACAGGAUGCUUUCUAGUGACAGUUGGUGUGGUAAUAACUGUAGCAAGUGGAACUGGUGCUGGUGCUUCACUACAAAGUACUGGAAUUUUGUGGCCACUGCUAAUGAUAAUAUCAUUCUUUCUGCAAGCUGCUGACACUGUAUUGAAGGAGAUAAUAUUUAUAGAUGCUGCCAAGAAUUUGAAGGGUGGCUCAGUUGAUCUUUUUGUUGUCAACUCGUAUGGCUCUGCUUAUCAAGCUAUUUUUAUGUGUCUCUUGCUUCCAUUCUUGUCAAAGUUAUGGGGUAUUCCAUUCCAUCUACUACCAACAUACAUCAGAGAUGGUGCAGCCUGCUUUCUAAAUAUGGGAUCAUUAUCUGCUGGCUGUGAAGGGGCACCACUGCUACCGCUACUAUUUGUGUUGGUUAAUAUGGGAUUCAAUAUAUCUUUGCUACACCUGCUGAAGAUUUCUUCGGCUGUUGCAUCUUGUCUAGCCUCUACAUUCUCAGUCCCGCUGUCGAUCUACGCUUUCACCCUACCGCUGCCGUACAUCGGCGUGGCGUCAACCCUCCCUCCUGGCUUUGUUGCAGGCGCUGCAGUUCUCAUCGCCGGCUUACUAAUGCAUGGCCUUCCGCAGCAGAAAAUUGCGGGGAAAGCCAGGAAUGACUAGCUAAUUAGCAUGCAUUGCUUCGUAUUCUACAUAAGCAUGCCUGGGCUUGAAAGGCAGAGCAGAAGUUCUCCUGAGAGCCACCUGACCUGACUGUUGUAUGUUGUGUGGUAGCAUGUCAUAUAUCGAGUUAUAUCCAAUAAAAGCGAGGAGAAGCCGCAUGGGUACAUAGACAAGAAUAAAAAGGUUGAGAGCAAGCAGGAGAUACCUCUCUUUGUGUAUUCUCUCCUACUGAUACUGAGACGGGCACUCGCAGUUUGUGGAGGGGAGGAGAGCCAGGGAGAAGAGCAGGAGCAUCAUCACCACAGGGACGAAGAGCAGGAAGGCCGGCGGCGGCGGCAGCGGGGGCAGCACCAACGGGAGGCACAGGAGCAUCGCCGCCGCCGCCAGCAAGAUCAUCAGCAGGACGCCUCUGUCCAUCUGGGCCCGUACUGGCUUCUCUAGUGGAUGUUCAUCUCUUACUCUGUGUGUUUUGUUGGGUUCCUUGGAAGAGGAAGAACUCUUGUGCUGGAGGGGGAAUAUGAAUGUUGCUUUGUGUGGGAGACAACUAGCUGGUGCAUCUUU